UAGAAGCACUCCAGAGGCUUAGUUCUGCAUCCAGUCACUCUGUACAAUUAUUCCCGUCGCUCAGUGUACCAAGCCAUCAUGGCUUGCAAACUGUUCCUUUUGCUUGUCGUAUUCCUCGUUUUUAACCAGUCCACGGGCUUCCUGGUGGAUGAUGCGGACUACUUUAAUACAAACCUUCCCUGGGAACACCGCCGUGGACGACCUGGUGAAGAGACUGACGCCCCAGGAGAUCGCAGAUCUCAUGCAACACGGGGGUACAGGAUCUUCCCCCGCCAUACCAAGGCUGAAGAUACCGGAGUUCUCGUGGGACACGGAGUGCCUUCAUGGUGACGGACAAGCCGGCAGAGCCACCUCCUUCCCUCAGGCCAUUGGGCUAGCAGCGGCGUGGAGUACACGGCUGAUUCAUGAUAUCGCCGAAGCCAUUUCCGUUGAAGUCCAUGCCAAGUACAACGACUUCAUCAAACAAGGUUUACACGGCUUCCACAAGGGGAUCAGCUGCUUCAGUCCCGUCAUUAACAUCAUGAAACACCCGCUGUGGGGAAGGAAUCAGGAAACUUAUGGCGAAGAUCCUUAUCUGUCGGGCCUUUAUUCCCAAAACUACGUCCGUGGUCUCCAAGGCAACCAUUCUCGCUAUCUAAGAGCUAAUGCCGGAUGUAAACAUUUCGCUGCGCAUGCUGGGCCAGAGAAUUUCCCCGUCUCCCGCUUUUCCUUUGACGCCAAGGUGAGUGAAAGAGAUCUGCACGUGACCUUCCUGCCUCAGUUUCGGAUGUGUGUCCAGGCUGGAACAUACAAUAUUAUGUGCAGUUAUAACAGAGUGAAUGGAGUCCCUGCGUGCGCUAACCGGAAGUUGUUGACGGACAUAUUGAGGACGGAGUGGGGGUUUAAAGGUUACGUCAUCAGUGACCAGCAGGCCCUGGAGAAUAUCGUCACAAAACACAAGUGGGUAGACAACAACGUGGACGCUGCCGCUGCCGUGGUGAAUGCCGGUUGUAACCUGGAGCUCUAUGGAUAUGGUCACACCAAGCAUCCAGUCUUUGCUUCUAUUUAUGAUGCAUUCAAAGCCGGUAAGAUAACAGACGCUACUCUUCGUGAGCGAAUGAAACCCCUGUUCAUGACCCGGAUGAGAUUGGGAGACUUUGACCCCAAAUCCAUGAACCCGUACAGUAAACUGGAUAUGUCCGUUGUUCAGGGUCAGAGUCACCGAGACCUCAGUCUCAGAGCCGCCAUAGACACAUUAGUGAUGCUUAAAAACAGCAAUGGCUUUUUGCCAUUAACAAAGGCAAAGUACAACAAGAUUGCGGUUGUCGGUCCGAUGUCGGAUAACGUUAAUCAGCUGUUUGGAGAUUACACGCCACAAAUAGAUCGUCAUUACACCACGACGCCUUAUGCAGGCUUGAAGAGCUUAGCAAACACUGUGUCCCAUGCGAGCGGCUGUUCGGAUAACCGCUGCGCAAAAUACGACCAAAGUGGCCUUCAGUCCGCCGUAGGACAAUCCGAUGUUGUUGUUGUGUGUUUAGGAACAGGUGUUGAAAUAGAAAGGGAAUUCAGUGACAGACAUAAUAUGGAUUUACCCGGGCAUCAGCUGCAGGUUUUACAAGAUGCCGUGCACUCUAGUAAUGGUGCCCCGGUCAUCUUACUGCUGUUUUCGGCCGGACCUAUCGACGUCUCCUGGGCCGAGUCUAACCCGAACGUCAAAGCUAUCCUCCAGUGUUCUUUUCCUGCCCAGGCGGCCGGUGAGGCCAUUCGGAAAGUCCUCACCGCGGACUCUCACGCCAGUCCGGCCGGCCGUCUGCCCUACACCUGGUACAAGACAUUAAAUCAGGUAGGUUCCAUCACGGACUACAGUAUGGCGGGGAAGACUUACCGUUAUUUUACCGGAGAACCGUUAUACCCGUUCGGAUACGGCCUGUCCUACUCGUCAUUCCACUACAGUGAUCUGCACAUUCAUCAAGGCUCCUUACACGCCGGACAUAGCCAGCAAGUCUCCUUCAAGGUGGCCAACACUGGACACCGACACAGCGAUGAGGUCGUCCAGAUUUACUUGUCCAGAAGAAAUCCCUCACAACCAAUGCCCCGGAUACAGCUAGUAGCUUUUGAUCGUGUCCCAAACUUGUCACCAGGGGGCGCUUCUAAAAGUUUGACCUUCACCGUCAAUCCUGAUCAACUGGCUGUCUGGCACGAUGACAAAGGCUUUGUCGUGGAGCCAGGUCAUAUUGACGUUUACGUGGGAGGUCAACAGCCUAACCAAACCAAGACGACUGGUUCUAACGUUCUACAUUCAUCUUUUACUGUUACUGGCACCAAAGUUUUGGGCAAGCACUGAAUUAAAACGAACG